AUGAAUAGUCUUUACUGGCGGCGAAGCUCGGGUGAAUUGGCGUUCUGCUCCGCCGGGCCUAACGUGGCGAGGGGCAUGGCGGAGCACAAGGAGGAGGAGUGGCUGUACGGCGAGGCGGACCUCAUCAUCCCGGGGGCGACGCUGGAGGGCGAGGCGGCGCAGGCGCUGCAGUACGUGCCGGACGAGCAGCUGCUGGCGUUCGCGCGCGUCAAGCUGCGCAAGUUCGCGCUGCUGCUGCACAUUGUGCGCUGCAACGGCGGCGUCCUGCCGCACGCGCGCCCCGAGUACAUGAUCGACUACGCCAUGUACAAGGAGCUCGUGCUGGGUAAGCUCCUAACUCCAUUCUAA